AUGCAAAAAUCUUCUCCGACAGCGAACCCAGCCUUUGUGCUCCAUCCCGGGGGCAAGUUCACGUAUGAACAGCGCGCCGUUCCCGAUCUCGAGACCGAUCGCGAUGUGAUAGUCCGGAUUGUUGCGACUGGCCUCUGUGGUUCUGAUGUUCAUUACUGGCAACAUGGACGAAUUGGACAGUAUAUCGUGGAGAAACCAAUCAUCCUAGGCCACGAGUCCUCCGGCAUUGUCGUAAAGUGCGGUGAACAAGUCACCGACCUCGCAGUUGGCGAUCGCGUCAUGCUCGAGCCUGGAUUUGCCUGCAACAUCUGCCACUAUUGCCGCGGUGGUCGGUACAAUUUAUGCGAAUCGAUGCGCUUUGCCGCGACGCCUCCCUACGACGGAACUCUCGCCAAAUACUACCGUGCCCCUAGCGAAUGCUGCUACAAACUCCCACCCCAUAUCUCUCUGCGCGAUGGCUCUAUGAUUGAGCCUUUGAGUGUCGCAGUGCACAGCUGUCGACUUGCGGGGUCACUGCAGGAAAAGUCGGUUGCGGUUUUUGGAGCUGGGCCAGUGGGAUUGCUUUGUUCUGCUGUUGCGCGCGCAUUUGGGGCUUCGACUGUGGUUGCUAUUGAUGUUGUUGAUAGCCGGCUUGCUUCUGCGUUGAAGCAUGGGGCUACAAAUGCAUACAAAAUGAACGCCGAGUCUCCAGAAAGCAAUGCGAAGGAGUUACUGGACUCGAUUGGACUGAAGUAUGGAUUUGAUGUUGUUCUCGAUGCAACUGGUGCCGAGCCUUGUCUGUCCUGUGGUAUCCAUGCUCUUACUCGAGGGGGUACUUUCGUACAAGUUGGGCUGGGUAACCCGAAUCCUUCUCUGCCAGUCGGUCAAAUUUGUGACAAAGAGGCUGUAUUCAAAGGGAGCUUUCGAUAUGGACCUGGAGACUUCAAAUUGGCGAUUGAUCUGUUGAACUCGCGCCGAGUCAAGCUUGACGGGCUCGUCACUCAUGAAUUUUCAUUUGAACAGGCGGAGGACGCGUUUAAGAAUGUUGUUGGCCGGGCCGGAAUCAAAAGCGUUAUUUAUGGACCUGAUGUUGACGAGAAUGAGGCGAAUAAGUGUAUCAAUUAG